AUUUAGAUUCAGUGAGAAUCAAACUCAAGAUCCGCUUGAUUUUGUGUUUAAUCAUGAGUCGAGUCUUGCGACCAAACCUAAAACCUUAUGAAUGUCGAACACCCCAUUUCUCUUUUUCCACUCUUCCCUCUCAAAUCUCCAUGGACAGUACACUUUCUCAACCUCAUAAACUCCAACGGCUAAUUCUACCACCAAAUUUCAUGAACCCACUUUCUUCCUCUUCAAAAUUUUACCUUAAACCAACUUCCCUCUUCUCAAAAUCUCUUAAAUUCCGCUUCUUUUGCACUACUUCACACCAUGUAGAAAACACCAUUGAAGUAAUUCAAGCUCCCAAUGGAAAACCCAGUACUAAAACUAGUACUAUUUCAAAAAUUAAUUCCCAAAUACUUAAAGAAAAUUGGUUGUCUUCACUCUCAAUUAAUGGAAUAAACAGCAACAGAAAUGAAGGAGUUGAAGUAAAUGGUGGAUUGGAAUGGGUUAUUGGUGUUGACCCAGAUGUUUCUGGUGCUUUAUCUCUGUUGAAAUUUGAUUGUAAUGGUAUUAUUUCUGCUCAAGUGUUUGAUUCUCCAUAUGUGAAAGUAUCUGUUGGGAAAACAUGUCGGAAACGAUUGGAUGCGAGGUCCAUUGUUCAAUUGCUGCAGAGUUUUGAUGCUCCUGUAGGUACCACUGCUUAUUUAGAGCAAUCUACACCUUUUCCGCGGGAUGGAAAGCUGGGUUGGUGGUCGGGAGGAUUCGGGUAUGGAUUAUGGAUCGGGGUCUUGGUUGCUUCCGGGUUCUCUGUUGUUCCAGUGCCAUCAAGCUUGUGGAAAAAGGAGUUUGACCUCGCUCGAAGCACCUCAACUAAGGAUGACAGUAGGGAGCUAGCAGCACGUCUUUUCCCCGAUUUGAGUUCUAUGCUAAAAAGAAAGAAGGAUCACGGUCGAGCUGAGGCACUGCUCAUUGCAGCUUAUGGUAAAGGUCUUAAAACGAAGGAAAAGGAAUGCUGCAUGUCUGAUGAAACUUGGGAAGUUCUGGACGAGUUAUGAAUUAUAAUUCAGAUCGAUGUUUGAUGAAAGGAACCGAUGGAUCAUCACAUAGAACGCUCUGCGUGACAUCGAAGAUGAAAGACUUUGUUAGUCUGUAUAUUCAUUCAUGAGCAAGAUUGCUCUUAACUUUUGUAAUACAUUCAUUUAGUUGAGCAUUUUGGCUGUGAAUUUGUGAGCAUGCAACUAAUUACCAUCCUUCGUGACAAGACUCUUAUAUCGUAUACUAUUAACGGUC